AUGAGUACUACGGCUACUCCUCCGCCGCGAAACCAGUCGAGGGUUGACCCGAAGAACGUAAACAGAGCCGUGAAGUCUCUGCAGAAAUGGUGGGACUCCAAAUCAAAGACCCAGAACUCUGGAUCUAUCGAUAACGAUGGGUUCGUCUAUCUAAUCGUGACCUUGAAGAAAAUCCUCCCUAUGGAUCGUACAAACCCAGUGAUGAUCCCUGUUCCUCAUCCUCUCAUCGAUCUGAACGGAGAUUCUUCGCCGGAUCUCUGUUUGAUUAUCGACGACAAACACAAGAACAAAAUCACAAAGGAAGCAGCCUUGAAGAAGAUCGAAGCAGAGAAGAUUCCAAUCAGCAACGUGAUUAAGGUCUCGAAAUUGAAAUCCGAUUUACGCAAAUUAGAAGCGGAGGAGAAGAGGAUCGAGUUGUAUUUCGCCGAGAGGAGGUUAUUGCCGGUUUUGCCGAAGCUAUUGGGGAAAGAUUUCGUGAAGAAGAAGAAGAAUCCGAUUGCGAUUAAUCUGAGACAAGGUAAUUGGAAAGAACAGAUUGAGAAAGCUUGUGAAUCGGCUUUGUUCUUUAUGGGUACAGGUACUUGCAGUGUUGUGAGAGUAGCGAAAUUGUCAAUGGGAAGAGAAGAGAUUGUGGAGAAUGUGAUUGCUGUUAUUAAUGGGAUCUCUGAUUCGAUUCCUGGUAAAUGGAAAAAUGUUAAAUUGUUUCAUGUCAAGUUGCUUGAGAGCUUAGCUUUGCCUGUUUAUCAAUCAGUUCCAGAUAUGGAGCUCGAAUCCGAUAACUUAGUCUAA